AUGCCCUUUAAACUCGAGAGCGUGCUCAACCCUUAUGAUGGCGUUGGUGACUUUGCUCUGUGGUUGCGUGACUUCGACACUGUGGCAACAGCUUCCAAGUGGACUGCCAAGCAAAAGGCCGAAUAUAUUGUGCUGUUCAUGAAAGGGUCUGCCAAAGAUGUGGCCAGACAAGCUGUUGACGACAUUGAUGAGGAUACUGAAGCUGAAGCUGCAUAUUCAAAUGUAGUGAAGGCGCUAGGAAAAGCAUUUUCGCUGAAGACUCAUGAAGCUUGGAAGUUGCUCACUACGAGGACUUGGAAUAUGAGUUGUGAUACUGUUGAUGGCGUUCUGGCUGAGUUCCGCCGCUACAUCAGAGUCCUUGGUGUCACCACUUCUGUCGCAACGGAGAUCGUUCUGAGGGAGAGUCUGAUGGCGUGCUUCCCUGACGACGUUAGGCGAGCUAUAGAG